CGGCACUCGGCACUGACAGGGCGGGACUCCGAGGGCUGCGCCAGACCAGGCAGUUUGUGCUCUCGUCACGCUCGCUCGCAGGACGUUGAAGAGUAUGACUCACAGGUUGUGAUUAUGCGCUCCAUUGAGUGAACAGAAGAUUCAGCUUUGAACAUGGCGGUAUCAGGAAGGUCGCAGGCAGCUUUAUACACGGCAUUCAUUAUCCUGCAGUUGAAGACCACCUUGACAGCAGAUCUGUACGACUCGCAGCCCAGAAUCCUGACGCAAGACGGACAUCUGAUCCUUCUGAGCGGACAGCACCGGAACAUCUCGCUGCGCACCUCCGGCAGAGGAUACGUGAACAUCAACGGCGUGAAUCUGCUCCGGGCAACGACAAUGGCGCAGACGGCGGCGGAGACGGUGGAGCGGUUCCGCACCAGCUCGCUGGCCGGCCUGGAGCAGACGGUGCAGGACCUGGCCGCCUCGCUCAACGGGCCGCAGGGCGUGGUGCGCCGCGUGCAGCGCGUCGAGGCGUCCCUGCGCCGCGGCGGGGGCAGAGGGAGGGUACCCGCCUCCGCGCCGGGUGCAACACAGCAAUUUCGUUUAAAUGCUGUUACUCGACGUGUGACCAACUUGGAGAGGCAGGUCCGGCAGAUCGUGCAGACUCUCGCCAGGGACGAGUGCAGCAGCAACCCGUGCCAGAAUGGCGGCAGCUGCGAGGACUCCUACAACAAGUUCAUCUGCAGGUGUCCUCCCGGCUGGGAGGGGCCACGUUGUGAGAUGGACGUGAACGAGUGCGCGCGGUUUUUUGGGACAGAUCUCGGCUGUCAGAAUGGAGCUACCUGCACGAACCGACCAGGAUCUUUUGACUGCUCCUGCGCGCCCGGCUGGUUCGGGGUGCGCUGCACGCAGAAGUCGGACACGUGCGGCAACGCGCCCUCGGCGGCGCUGUGCGGCCACGGAGUGUGCGUGAACCAGCAGGCGGCCGGCCGGUCCCACGCCUGCAUCUGCGAGCAGGGCUGGAGCGUGGACGCGACCACGGGGGCGUGCACGGCGGACGUGGACGAGUGCAGCGGCCACCACGCCGCCUGCUCCCGGGACCCGCCCGUGGCGUGCGUCAACGUGCCCGGCUCCUUCCACUGCGGCAGCUGCCCGCCAGGAUAUGUGGGCAAUGGCUACUACUGCUCGGACAUAGACGAGUGCCAGAUGAACAAUGGCGGCUGCAGCAUGAAUCCUCGUGUGCAGUGCCUCAACACGCGGGGAUCAAGGGUAUGUGGUGACUGCCCUCCUGGCUAUCGAGGAGAUGGUGUCGUGUGCUCGUUUGUUGGCGGAUCAUGCGAAGUCAACAACGGGGGCUGCAAUUCUUUGGCUACAUGUACAAGUGUGGGUGCGACCGUCCUGUGUACCUGCCCAGCGGGCUAUGCCGGGUCGGGGGUGGGCCACUUCGGGUGCGUGCCAUCUGGAGUGCCUGCAAGUGGUCCGUGUAAUUCCAACCCCUGCCUGCACGGCACCUGUUCUGCGCCUCAGGACAGGCUGGGCACCUUCUUCUGCUCCUGUCUUCCAGGAUUCACAGGACCAACUUGCAGCAUAGAGAUCAACCCCUGCUCCAGCAGUCCUUGUAAGAACGGGGCCACGUGCUACCGCAGCGAGCUGACCUACAUCUGCCGAUGCACCGGCAACUUCACUGGGAGGAACUGCGAUCAAGAGCGGCAGAGUUGUGGUGGCUUCCUGAGACAAGACCAAGGAGUCAUUCAGUUCCCAUCGUCAGGUUCUACAAGAUACUCGGCAAACAUGAACUGCGCCUGGGUUAUCAUUGUAAACAGUACCAAAGUGGUCAGCCUGAAUUUCACCUCAUUCCAUUUGGAGCAAACAUCUCGUGCGUGCCGAUACGACUGGCUACAGAUUCACGACGGCUCAGGAGCCGGUAGUAACAUCAUCGGUCGCUACUGUGGCACCACACGGCCCAAAAACGGGGCCCUCAACUCCACUCACAACUCCAUCUACUUGUGGUUCCACUCGGACAACAGUGUGAGUGGUGAAGGUUUCGUGGUCAACUGGCAGGCGGUGGAUCCAGUUUGCGGUGGUCGCAUUUUGGUCAAAAGUCACGGAGUGAUUCAGUCCCCGGGGUCACCAGGAAAGUACCCUCAAAACCGAGAUUGUAACUGGUACCUUACAUCGGAGCGGCCCGGCAAAAGAAUACAGUUUACGUUCUUCACUCUCAUGAUUGAGUCCCAUCCAAACUGUAGCUAUGAUUAUGUAGAGAUACUUAGUGGCUGGAGGGCGAAUGACCAGAUCCUUGCCAAAUACUGUAAUACCUCGCAUCCGCCGCCUCUUACCACUAUUGGACCUCACGCAUUAGUUCAUUUCCACUCUGAUGACACUAUAAAUGAUGCGGGCUUCCAGAUUUCAUAUCACCUGGUGGAAAGUAUUCCCGGAUGUGGCGGGACACUGACUGAGCCGGAGGGAAUCAUAACGUCACCGACACAUCCGGACAGUCACUUGUACGGCAACAACCUGGACUGCGAGUGGAAGAUCCAGCUGCCCGUAGGAGAUCGGAUACGCCUCACAUUCGUAUCAUUUUCUCUCGAAGACUCUUCUUCUUGCAGAUUUGAUUACCUUGAGGUCAGAGAUGGUGGCUCGCUCGAUGCACCUCUUGUGGGAAGAUACUGUGGCAACGUUCUGCCUUUAGUCCCCGCGUCAAAUGCAAACACACUCCUGGUGUACUUCCACUCUGACUUCUCAGUGGGGCAUGAAGGUUUCCGCAUCAACUAUGAAACACUUUGUGGAGGCGUCUACAGUGAUCUGUCCGGGACGCUACAUACUCCAUUCUACCCCGGCAACUACCCGGCCAACAAACUCUGCACUUACGAAAUUGCUCUGCCGUUGGGAUACGCCAUAAAUCUCAAUUUCCUGGAUUUUGAUGUUGAAGAUCUGUCGUAUCCCAGCUGCAACUAUGAUUAUGUGGAGAUUCAUGAUGGCGACACUACAAAUUCUACGCUUAUUGGUGGAAGGAGGUACUGUGGUGAAGACAAUGAACAUGUGCCCCCACCAGUCCAGUCAACACUCAAUCACUUGCUCAUAGUUUUUCAUACAGAUGGCUCAGUUAGCAAUAAAGGGUUUCUAGCUAACUACAGCGCAAUAAACAUAUUGUGUGGAGGCAUUCUGAAGGCGAACAGAGGUGUUGUACAGUCGCCCCAGCACCCGGAGUCAUACCCACCGAACACUGUGUGCACCUGGGUGAUAUCCGCACCCCUCGGCUGGAUCGUACAGCUCACGUUCACGUUGUUCAACCUGGAGGAAGGGUUUACGUGGGUAAACACCCGCUGCCCGUAUGACUGGGUGGAAGUGUUCGAUAACAGCACCGAACUCUACGCAGGAGGCUCCAUUGGAAGGUAUUGCGGCCAUACUCUCCCUGCAGUGUUGACCACACAGAGCAACGUUAUGACGAUAAUAUUUCAUUCAGAUUCAUCCAACCAAGACGAAGGAUUCUCUGCUAACUAUGUCACAAUGGAUGCUUCAAACUUGUGUGGAGGAACAUAUAGAAGCCCGGUGGGAUCCAUCAAGUCUCCCAACUACCCCGGAAACUACCCGCACAACAAGGACUGCGUCUGGACUAUCGAAGUUCCAGUCGGCCAGCAGAUUAUGCUGAGAAAAAUUGACUUUGAAGUGGAGCAAAAUAUUCAAUGUAAUUUUGACUUCCUGGAAAUUAGAAAUGGAGGAUCAGAUACGUCACCUUUGAUCGGAAAAUACUGUGGCUCCAACCAACUACCAGAGAGAAUAACAUCAUUCAGCAAUCAACUGUACCUGCAUUUCAAAACAGAUAUCUCGAGAACAUAUAAGGGUUUUAAGAUUCUUUGGGAUGGAACUCUUACAGGAUGUGGAGGAACACUGUCAUCUAGCAACGGGGCCAUUAUGUCUCCAAAUUAUCCACUGCCAUAUCACGAAAAUGCAGAGUGUUUCUGGAAGAUAUCCACUUCAAGAGGAAGUGCUAUUCACAUCAUUUUUAUGGACAUGGAACUGGAAGAAUCUAAUGAAUGCUACUUUGACUACAUAGAGAUUCGAGAUGGCCUUGAUUCAUCAGGAAAACUGAUUGGUCGUUACUGUCAUAAUACAGACAGACCAAUUUCAAUAAUAUCAAACACAAACCACGUGUUUGUAAAGUUCCGGACAGAUUUCAGCAAUUCAGGAAAAGGUUUUCACUUACGAUACAAUACAGUGUGCAAUUUGGUUGUUAAGGGCUACAGAGGAGUCAUUGAAAGCCCAAACUUUCCUCUGGACUACCCGCCUCAAUCUGAUUGUUUAUGGAACAUUACAGCCACAAUUGGUAACAAGAUUAACAUGUCUUUUUCUCAUUUUGAAUUGGAAAGACCACCAUUGUAUUCAAACCAAGCCUGUCAUUAUGACUAUGUCGAGGUUAAAGAAGGUCAAGGCUUGGACCCACCUACGAAAGAUAUUGGCAGAUUUUGUGGUAACGCUUUACCAGAUCCAAUUGCAUCAACGCUAAGCACAGCUUACGUGUAUUUUAAGAGUGAUAGCUCGAUGCAGUACAGUGGAUUCCGCAUUGAAUGGGUACUAAACGGAUGUGGAGGGCAUUUUCAGCAUCCUGUUGGUGCAUUCACAUCGCCUAACUACCCCAACCACUACAACCUUUCAACGGUGUGCGAGUGGACUCUGACUGUCGAGAUUGGAAGAAGUGUAGAGUUAACAUUGCUCGACUUUGAUUUGGAGAAGACGCCCAGUUGUGAUUACGAUUCUCUCACGAUAUAUGGAGGGCCUGAUGACACUUCUCCUAAACUUGGGCACCUGUGCAUGAGUCAGAAGCCACCAAUAGUUUAUACAUCAUCUGGAAAUAACAUGUUUGUUCGGUUUGUCAGUGAUAGUUCAUACACGGGAAGAGGUUUCCAAGCUUUCUACAAAUCAGUCAACUCAGUUUGUGGAGGAAUAAUGAGGGCUCCAACUGGUCAGAUUCAUUCAAAAAAUUAUCCUAAUAACUACGAUAACAUCGAUGAUUGUGAAUGGUACAUAGAGAUUGAUAAAAACCACGUGAUAAUGUUAACAUUUAUUGACUUUAGUAUGGAAACCCAUAUGAACUGUUCUUAUGAUUACGUGAAAGUUUUCGAUGGCAACACGACGGACUCGCCACUUCUCCUGACACACUGCGGCAACACCGUUCCCACGCCUCCGACCGUGAAGUCGACAGGCAACCGCAUGCUUCUGCGCAUGAAGUCAGAUGAAUCCGGGACUGCCAAAGGCUUCAUUGCCAACUAUACCAUCAGCUGCGGUGCUCGGAUCAUAGCAGCUGAAGAUGACUACGGUGUCAUAUCCUUGUCAGAUGCCUUAAACAUAAACAAUCCAAUUAAUAAUUGUUCCUGGAUCAUCAUUGCAAGUAACCCAGAUGCUCGAAUAUCCCUCACCAUCAACCACAUCGACCAUAUUUCAGAAGGUGAUUAUGAGUGUUCCUCCUUUUACGUUGAAGUACGUAAUGGAGAAGACAGAGAUGCGCCUCUCAUCGGGAAAUACUGCAACUAUAGGGUGCCACCAACCAUCACUUCCCAAGGCUCAGCCAUGUUUGUGCAGUCUGUAGGAAUGUAUGGAGUGGCUGGUGCAGACUUCACAGCCACUUAUUCUACUCUCAACACAGCGUGCGGUGGCAAUCUGUCAUCUGAACUCGGUAGUUUGACAUCACCUGGUUACCCAGACAACUAUCCUGCCAAUGCUGAGUGUGUGUGGGUAAUUAAUACCUCUCCAGGCAAUCGGGUCCAGCUAGGGUUCAGGGUUUUCGACAUAGAGAGCAGCUGUACUGAUGACUACCUAGAAAUUCGGGAGAAUGAUGGAAUGGGCCACAUAAUCGGUAUAUACUGUGGCAGCAUGCUUCCCAGCAACCUGACGGCCAGCCACAGGCUGUGGAUCAAGUUCCGCAGCAGUGAGUUCGGGACAGCCGGGGGCUUCAUUGCGGACUACAGUAUGGUUCAUGGCAACAAUCUGAAUGGUAGUUCUGGGCAGAUAGCAUCACCACUCUACCCACACCCAUAUUUACGAGGAGGUGAAUUCUCAUGGCGUGUUACUGUUGAUUUUGGAAUGGCUAUAUCCAUAACUUUCCAAGACUUCUACGUGUCCACAGACCCAGAUUGUGAUAUCAGGGUCUUGAAGAUCUACGAUGGGUUUGAUCAAACUGCCCCAGUCCUGAAGUCUUUGUGUGGGCCACAAUUACCAGAUCCUAUAACAUCAAGUUCGAACAUCGUCUACAUCAUGUUUGAGUCAUCUUCUUCUUGGGACGGCUCGUGGUUCCUUCUGAGCUGGCUUCAGGUUGAAAGACAGCAUGGGAGUGCAGGAUUGACUCCCGCUUCUUCUUCAGGUUGCGGGGGGAGUAUUGUCUUCCCACAAGACUUCAACUUCACGUCCACGUCGUACAACAUAACGAGCCCGGGCUUCCCUCAAGCCUACCAAAACAACCUGAACUGUGAGUGGAUCGUAGAGGCCCCGUCUUCCUACCACCUGACUCUGAAGUUCAACCAGAUGAACCUUGAGGAGUCCCAGCAGUGCAUGUUGGACUACGUAGAAGUUUACGAAGGUGAAGAAGGGAGACCGGUGUGGACCAAACUCGGUCACUUCUGCUUACCUAACGCAACAUCUCACAACGCUCUGGUCUCCACGUCUCUCAUGAAGGUUGUGUUUCACACUGAUUUUUCAAGAGUUGAGACAGGAUUCUCUGCUACUGUCCACUUGGCAUGUGGAGGGAUGCUUUCUGGGCCUUCUGGCUCCAUAAAUGCAUACAACCUCUCUGGACAGGGCCUGCAACCAUCCCCAUCCAGAAGGUUUGAUUGUGAGUGGAUCGUGACUGUGCGGCCAGGCAGAACUAUAGCAGUUACGUUCGAGCUUCUUGACAUUCAGGUGUCAGAUACAAACAUCUGUGGUGAAGGCUAUGUGUUGUUAAGAAACGGAGGAUCAGUCGACUCCCCUCUCCUGGGCAUGGGGAAAUACUGCGGCACAGCCCUGCUCCCGGUCGACCAGACCACCGGCAACAAGCUGUACGUGAAGUACGGAGUGAUGGCGAACAAAUUGGGGUUCAAAUUAAAUUUCCAAGAGGUUUCAAUAACUUGUAGUGGCCGCACAAUGCUUGACCCUGACAACAAAUUCACAGUAAUAACAUCUCCUCGCUACCCACAGAUACCGCAGCCAUUCACAGAGUGUGAAUGGAUUGUAGUUGCUCCUGCUGGCGAACGAUUACGAAUAGACUUUCUUGGCAACUUCGACAUAGCAUGUGGUUAUGAAAAACUGGAACUCUAUGAUGGUGGAACCCAAAAUUCAAGGUUGAUUGGCCAGUAUUGCCGUCGUAUGCCUAGUUCACAAUUUACUACGGACAACAUGUUGUAUAUUCAUUACAUGACAAACACUUCUGUCCCACAUAAUGGUUUUAAAGCAAAUAUUUCCAUGGCUACAUGUGGUGGAACACUGCGAGGAAACAGAGGCGUCAUCAUGUCACCGGGUUAUCCAGGAAGAUACGGUCAGAAUCUGGACUGUGAGUGGCGGAUUGUGGCGUCUCCAGACCAUUACUUGUUAAUCACGUUUGAAGAAUUGUUUGUCCAAGACUCCGAAAAUUGCACAGCUGACAGUGUUUCGCUCUAUCAGAUUUUUCCUUUCAACAGUUCAGGUUCGGAACUUGGCAAGUGGUGUGGUUAUUCCAAACCAGGUGCUAUUCAAACAGCGGGCAAUGAAGCUAAAGUAAUAUUUCACUCUGAUGGAAGAUCAGAUACAUUUGGUGAAAAGAAUCAAUUCAAAAUCAGUUACCUUUCAAGUCGAGAAAGUUGUGGAGGAAAUUUAAAUACGCCUGAUGGAAUCAUAACCAACCCCAACUAUCCAUAUUCAUUGUCAUACAGAAGAUAUUGUGUGUGGAUCAUUAAAGUGCCCAAGGGAAGAAGGAUAACAGCAGAAUUUCUCGAUUUUGAUUUUGCAGGGGACAUGUUUUCAUCAUUCAUCACGUUCUUUGCUGAUACAGGGUACAGAUCAGUAUUGGAAGUGUUUCAUCCAACAAGUACUCCAACUACAGUAGAAUCACCCUCAAAUGUACUGAAAGUAUACUAUGUAUCAUACACCAUGAACAAUGUAGGCCAUCGUGGCUUCAAACUGAGCUACUCUUCAAAUAAACCUGCACUGUGUGGGGGAGACUUGGAUGGCAGUAGUGGAGUCAUCAGUUUCCCACCCACACCUUUCAACUUCUCUACCUAUUUUUGUGAAUGGGAGCGAGUUUCUCCAGACACUCACAAUGAAACUUUGGCACUAAAAUUUGACAGAGUCACAAUUGGCUUCAAACCGGAAUCCUUCCAGCAGUCUUACAUCGCAGUCUUUAAAGGUGAUGAAAUGUUUUACAAAAUCCGCAAUAAUAUUUCUGUUCCAACUUUUGUUCUUUCACCAUUCAGAUUGACCAAAUUUCAAGUGAUGCGGUACAAGCGAGCAGGGCCAGUCUCCUUCCAGAUGCACUACUCGUCCCACAGGUGCGGGGGGAUUCUCUCCGGCCCCGAGGACACCGUGACUAGUCCUAACUUCCCUGACAACUACCCUCCCGAUACACACUGCGCGUGGUCCGUCAACUACCCUGAAGGACAAGCCAUUCAGAUUCACUUCAAGACACUGAACAUGGAACCAGUUUGUGAAAACGACUAUAUCCUUAUAUUUACUGGACCGUCGCAGAAUUCACCUCAGAGGGGCCCCUUCUGCGGCAAUUCAGUGCCCAGUAAUAUUACUGUGCUAUCCAAUAAAUUAUUGAUAGAAUUCCAUUCAAAUUCUCAAGUGCAGGGCCAAGGUUUCAAAAUAAUUCUAGGACCAGUAUUUGGAGGCUGUGGAGGCGUACUGCAUGAUAUCAACAGGGAGAUAGCAACACCGAACUUUCCUGGUCUGUAUAAAAACAAUGCAGAAUGUGUAUGGGAAAUGAUUCACCAGCAAGGGUACACCCUGCAACUGAACUUCAUUGAGAGGUUUUUUAUUGAAGAGAGUCCAAACUGCGAAAAUGACUAUGUCGAGGCCUUCGACAACGUGAAUGACGUCUGGGUGUCACUGGGUAAGGCAUGUGGACCAAGAGCACCGCAGCCAUACCGAUCCACCAGCAACAAGAUGAGAGUUAUCUUCCGCAGCAACGGUGCAGUUGUUCACGAUGGAUUCAAGGCGCGAUGGUCGGCCAACUGCGGAAGCAUCAUAACCAGUCCUGAGGAGGGCACCAUUGUAACUCCCGGGUAUCCACUCAAUUAUGCCGCAAAUCUCAACUGCAACUAUACAUUCUUGUUUCCUGGAAAAAAUAUACAAGUAACUUUCCUUUCAUUUAACAUUGAACAAGGCUACAAAAACUGUAACUUCGAUAAUGUUACAAUAUUGGUGCCACAAAGUAUGCUCGUGCCAAUUCAAAUGCACCCACUGGGAACGUACUGUGGAAGCAACACUCCGCCUGUGAUCCAGGACCAAGGCAGAAUAGAGAUUAUAUUCAAGACUGAUUCAUCAGUACAAUUGCAAGGCUUCAUGCUUAAAUAUGAAGGAGAAAAAUGUGGAGGAAAUGUGACAACACCUGAUAUCAUCAAAAUGUUAACCUUCAAUUAUUUCACCAGCAAGAAGAACUGUACAUGGGUCAUAACUGCUCCGGAAGGAAUGAAAGUUACAGUGAGGUUUUCAAAAUUCAAGCUGGAAUAUCACAGCCAGUGUAUGUAUGAUUGGGUCGAGUCAUUCAACGAUAAAGUGAUCAACUCCAGCAAGACAAAUGGACGUUACUGUGGAGACUUGACGUCGACUCUUCCGGUGGUUCGCUCAUCAAGAAGAUACCUGACGCUUCAGAUGGUCACAGAUGGUUCCAUGCAGGACGAAGGCAUCACUGCAGCUGUGUCAUUUACCAAAGUCUGUGGUGGGAACUUUAACCUAACCCGCCAAGGCAUGACAAUACGCUACCCAAGUUCUGGAUUUUACAACUCAUUUGAAGACUGCGUCUGGACCCUCAUGGCACCUGUGGGACAAGUAAUUGAAAUUACUGUGGUGGCGAUGAACGUAGCGCAGUGCUCAAGUAGCCAAGGGAAUUCAACGUGUAGUUGUGACUUCGUUGAGUUUAGAGAUGGAAUUAACCAGUUUGCUGAUGUGAUUGGACGCUUCUGUGGCACGUCUCCUCCUAGAUUAAUGACAACUUCAUCAAACAGACUGUGGAUACAAUUCACCUCAGAUGGCGAGGACAAUAUGUCUGGCUUCGAGGUUCGUGUGCGCAGCAUCGCAUCAAUAUGUGGUGUUCCGAGACUUAACGUAACCAGUUCGUUGCAGUUGUUGACUUCGCCAAACUACCCGGCUAAUUAUCCUAUCAAUAUACGGUGCAGCUGGCUGCUUUACACAGACUCGUCAGGCGGAUUCUGGCAUAGCUUCAGUAACAUUCACAUCACAUUUAUGGAGCUGGACUUGGAGAGCGGCGGGGCUGACUGUAGGAAUGAUCGGCUCGAAGUGACGGAUGUUCAGGACAGUGGCAUUGUUUCUGAAGGACUGGAUCAAAAUAUUGUAUAUAGUGGUUCUUCCACUUAUCCACAAUCAUAUUUCAUGGGUUCUCCAAUUACUCUCUCCUCUGGAACUUAUUGUGGACGUGGACAUCCUCAUGAUUACUAUUCAAACUCCAAUGCCGUGAGAGUGACGUUUACUUCAAACUCUAAUGUUACUGCAAAAGGUUUUAAAUUUCAGUACUCAAAAGCAAUUUGUAACAGAAACUACACUGGAGUUCAAGGCCGUAUUAAAAUAACAGAACAUAUGUUCGGCCGUAACACUAACUCGGAGUGUAUUAUCAUCAUUCAAGCUCAACCAAAUCAUACAAUAUCUUUGUAUUUUCAUGAAUUUUCCAUGUUUUCAUUACACAACUGCACUUCUUCUUAUCUCCAGAUUCGAGAUGGCGCGGAAGGCAACUCUCCGAUUCUGGCUACAGUUUGUGGAUCUCAGAUACCGCCUCCAGUAUUCUCCAACACAUCAGCCAUUAGGCUGUUUAAGAACUCUACAUUCAUGUUCAUGACAUACUCUUUUGACAUCAUUUACACCACAACUGACCAAGGUCCAGGAUGCGGAGGACCGAUCUUCAACUACGCCGGCACGUUCACGAGCCCUCUGUACCCCAACAGCUAUCGCAAGGUUUCCCAGUGCCGCUGGGACAUCAUGGUCCCCGCUCGACUCGUGCCAGUGAUACAGUUCCAGACAUUUGAUCUUGGUUCAAGCCGCACAUGUGAGACGGAUUACAUUGAAAUUUUUGAUGUCGACAGUGAGACAAAGGUAGAAACAUUUCGCACGAGAUACUGUGGAGGGGAUAAUCCAGCCAGGUUUGAAGGCACCACUUCUCAAGUUGCUGUCCGUUACGUAACCAGCAUACACAACGGAGGGACCGGCUGGGUGAUCAACUUCAUCGCACACACUCCAGGAACAACAAUAAGAAACUCUGUAACACCCACAUAAUGAAUCACUUAUUUCAAAACUACUGUGUACAUAACAUUUGUAGGUAAAAAUCUUUGUAAAUGUAACAUAUUCAAACUUUUGACAAUAAAAAUAUAUAUAUUUUA